UGUAUGUUCUGCCAAUCGCUUGAGGACAUAGUGGGAAAAGGAACAAGCAGAGUUAGAGGCAGGACAAAAUAAGUUAUAUAGACCGCUUAUAUACAUAUAUUUUAAUGUUUUAGAAAAUCGCGGUGGUGGGGGGAGAAACAAUAGUGGUGAGAGUGGAUGGAUUUGACAGUGUAGUUAGUAAUGGAGUCCCCUUUGAGCAAGAGGAAUCCGGCGAUAAGAUUAGCGGAUUUGGCAGCGACUCAACCUCUUCCUCAUCAGAAUAUGACAGGCUUCCCGGGGCUAGGGGUGCAUCACCCUCACUCCCACCAUGCCCACCACCACCCUGGGGAGAUGGGCAACGACCCCGGAGUGGCACUCACUCCAUUUGGACCCGAGCACAUGGCACAGACAAACGCUCUCAAACUUAGCCCCUCUCAGCACAUUCAGAGCCACCACGAAGCCCAGACCGCUGCAACGGCAGCAUCCUUCACUUCUGCUCAGACCACAGUAGGUUUCCCCGUGGCUCCUCACCCCCACUCAGGCUACUCUAGCAGCAGGGACUACAUCCUCAGGAGAGAACUCUCAGCCUCGGCUAUGCAUGCACUUGGCGACCAGCAUAGUUCAGCCUCCUCCCCUCAUCACCAUGGCAUGUUCAUCGCACCAACAGGUGCUUAUGGGCACGCCGAGACUGGUGCCCAUCCACUUUUCUCUGGACUCCACGACCAGGCAGCACCAGGUGCCCACCAUCACCAUCACCAUGCCCUCAACGGGCAGAUGCGUUUGGGUCUACCGGGGGACAUCUACGGCAGGCCAGAGCACUUCGUCCACAGGCCCGAGCACUAUGGACCCUCUUCUAUCCACAGCUACAACUCCAUGAACCUCAAUGUGAACAUCGCUUCUGCUCCUCACGGAGCCGCGGGGGCGUUUUUGAGAUACAUGAGGCAGCCCAUCAAGCAAGAGUUAAUCUGCAAAUGGAUUGAUCAAGAGCAAACUUCAAAGAAGCCCUGCUCCAAAACUUACAGCACCAUGCACGAGCUGGUCAACCAUGUCACGGUGGAGCACGUCGGGGGACCGGAGCAGAGCAGUCACGUCUGCUUCUGGGAGGAAUGUCCACGCGAGGGGAAAGCUUUUAAGGCGAAGUACAAACUAAUAAACCACAUCCGAGUUCACACGGGAGAGAAACCCUUCCCUUGUCCUUUCCCCGGCUGUGGGAAAGUGUUCGCUCGCUCUGAGAAUCUAAAGAUUCAUAAAAGGACACACACAGGAGAGAAGCCUUUCAAGUGCGAGUUUGACGGCUGCGACAGGAAAUUCGCCAACAGCAGUGACCGGAAGAAGCACUCCCACGUCCACACGAGUGACAAGCCUUACUACUGCAAAGUCCGAGGCUGUGACAAGUCCUACACGCACCCCAGUUCGUUGCGGAAGCACAUGAAAGUCCAUUGCAAGUCGCCUCCGCCCCCUUCCGCCAACGCUUCGUACCAUUCCUCUACAAACCUUCUCAGCGCGCCCCUUUCGCCCGCCUCCGAACCGCACAGGAACCGGUCAGCAAAUCUCUCGCCUCAGGUUACCAACCUUAAUGAGUGGUACGUGUGCCAGGGGAGCGGGGGACCCAACCAUCUCCACACCCCAUCCAGCAAUGUGCCAACAACGGACUCGGAAGAGGAGGACACUUUCAGAAAUUCAGACCCAAGGACAAUGCUCUAAUGUUUACAAACAGAAGAAAAAUAAUUCCCCAAAUUGUCUCUCAAAUGUGUAUAUGUGUAGUAGCCUAACGCUUCGAACACACCGACAGUGUCUUUGCUUAAAAUAAGACGCAGCAUCAUCUGGAUACGUAUGCAACAACAGUUCAACAAUCACCUUCUGCUACCAUUACUGUCAAGCUAGAACGCAUACAGUUUGACCCAUACGUUCGACAAAUCCACGUAUGCACCACACCGAACGCACUGCAACUGCCUCUGCGACGCAAUGCUUAAAGCAAACGCAGCGUUUCAUUGGAAAUGAAUGUAACUCUGUUGUACCAAAAUGCAAUGACACUGUCAGUGUGAUCGAAGCGUAAGACCUAAUAAGUGCAUGAGGACUGUACUGGCUGUAAGCAUAUCAAUUGGACUUUGUGAAGCAAGAAAUAAGCGCUGCGGAUGUCAGAUGAUGAAUAACAACAACUGCCUUUAAAA